UUCCACCGGAUUCUGGAGCAGCUUGACAUUUACCCUUGGCGUCUUCUACUUGGGUUUUAUUGUGAAACGUCGAGUCGGAAGUCACGUGUUUUGUAGUCCUGUAGCUUGGUGGUGUUGUAACGUGAAGUAAGGUCACACAGGAUGCUAACAGGAGCUAACAGGAGCUAACCGGAGCUAACCGGAGCUAACAGGAGCUAACCGGAGCUAACUCCGGUUUUUACCGACACUUUCUGUCUCCGGUGAUUUUUAACGAUGAUCAGAUGAACCAUAAAAACCCCGUUAGACCGUGACACGUCGGUGCUUCCGGUCAAACAGUGUUUCCUAAAGUCCUCAACCUGAUUCACUUCCUGCUGCUUCACCUCUGACUAGUUCUCAGCCAAUCAGAGCUCCUCCAGCUCUGAGUCGUGGUGUGUUCACAGACCUCAGGUUCAGUGUCUGUCAUCUCUAACCUGACACCAGGUGGUGCUCAGUGAUCCGUUCAGUCCGACUUGAACAAGUGGUCAUUAGAGGAACUGCUGGUGUUCCUCGAAACUCCAGGUCAGCGGAUUCCUGACGAUGGCACGUCACAGUAAACUGCAGAAGCAGAUCCUGGCUCUGUAUCGUCACUUCCUGCGGGCCGGGCAGGACAAACCGGGCUUCAUCCCCCGUAUCCGAGACGAGUUCAGGGAGAACGCUCGCAUCAAGAAGACGGAUGUGAUGCACAUCGAGUAUCUGUACCGGCGAGGACAAAGGCAGCUGGAGCAGCUGAAGGACGUCAACACCAAACAGCUGGGCUCCUUCUCCAAACCCCAGGACCAGAGCUGACCUCCGACCUGCAGCCACGUCAUGUGACCUCAAACACCAACGGAUACCUCACAAACACGCUGCGUUCAAGUACAGCAGGAACUCGAGAGCUCAGUGUGAAGAACAGUCGAUGUGAUAAAUGUAGAACUUGGAAACUUCAAGUGACUAUGGGUGUGUGUGUGUGUUGGGGAUGUGAAGUAAGAAAAUGUUGAAAAAAUAAAAGCAAGUACAAUUUAUUGUCAUUUACUCAAGUAUUGUACUUAUCUAAGGUACAUGAAUUUAAACACUGCUUGAGUAUCUUUACCUCAACCAAUGAGGCUCUGUUCACUCCUACAUGGUUAUGAGUGUGUGAUUUGAUCUAGUGAAUUUAAAUGUGGUUUCAUGGUGCGACUAUGAGAUUUAUAUUCUACUACAUUUCAAGGAAAUAUAAUGUUUCUUACGGCAGAUUUAGUUACUUUACAGUGACAUUUUUUAACAUAUUAAAACAUGAAGAGUUUAAAUAAUAUCUUGGCUUUUUUCAUGAAUAAAAUUACACAACCAAUAAAUACACAGUCGCCAGAAAACAAUCAACAUAUACAAAAUUUAAAUAAAUAAAACUGUUUCUCAAUUUAUUCAAUAUUUCUUUAUGUCAAAACCUGAAAUAUUACACACUAAACUGUUCCUGAGUUUAUACAAACCGAAUGAUCUGUUAAUCUCAAAAUAAUCAAUCAAAGCACUAUUAUUACCAAAGUAAUAAUUAGGCCUGCACAAAACAAUGCACCAGUUAUAAUAAUGUAAAGCUAUGAUAUAUGACACAUUAAGUACUUGUAUCUGAAUUCUU